GAAAUGAAAGUGAAAGUUUGUCUGAUCAACAGCAGAGCUGCAGUCGAGACAAGUCUCUCUGUUUCUCUGUAAAGAAACAUUCAACUGAAUCCAGCAGCUUUUUCUCAACAACACAGCAGAAUCUCUUCAAACACUGAGUGUAGACAUGUCUGCUGCCAGCUGUCUGCUGACUGAAGAUCAGUUUCUGUGCUCCAUCUGUCUGGAUGUGUUCACUGAUCCAGUCACCAUACCAUGUGGACACAACUUCUGUAAAACCUGCAUCACUAAACACUGGGAUGUUGAUGUCCAGUGUCAGUGUCCAAACUGUAAAAAGGUUUUUAACACCAGACCUGAGCUGCAGAUCAAUACUUUCAUCUCUGAGAUGGCUGCUCAGUUCAGACAGUCAGCUCAACAGAAAGCCAGAAACAGCAGCUCAGAGCAACAAGCUGAUAAACCAGGAGAAGUUCCCUGUGACGUCUGCACUGGAACCAAACUGAAGGCCAUGAAGUCCUGCCUGGUGUGUCUGGCCUCCUACUGUGAGACUCACCUGGAGCCUCAUCUGACAAUGUCAGGUCUGAAAAGACAUCAGCUGAUCGACCCUGUGGAGAACCUGGAAGACAGGAUGUGUACGGAGCACGAUAAACUGAUGGAGCUGUUCUGUAAGACCGACCAGAUGUGUGUCUGCAUGCUCUGCAGUCUUUCAGACCACAAGACACAUGAUGUUGUUCCUCUGAAAGAAGGUUAUGAAGGAAAGAAGGCCGAGCUGGAGGCUGAAAUUCAGCAGAUGAUGCAGAAGAGACGACUGAAGAUUCAGGAGAUCAAACACUCAGUGGAGCUCAGUGAGGAAGAUGCAGACAGAGAGAUAGCAGAUGGUGUUCAGGUCUUCACCGCUCUGAAGGAGUCUGUUGAGAGAAGCCAGGCCGAGCUCAUCGACACGAUCAAAGAGAAGCAGAGAAAGACAGAGAAACAGGCUGAAGGCUUCAUCAAAGAGCUGGAACAGGAAAUCUGUGAGCUGAAGAAGAGAAGCACUGAGGUGGAGCAGCUCUCACGCUCUGAAGACCACCUCGACAUUCUCCAAAGCUUCAUUUACCUGAACGCUGCUUUACCCACAAAGGACUGGACAGAAGGCAACGCCCAACCACUCUAUGAGGGGACUGUGAGGAAAGCUUUGAAUCUGCUGGAGGAGAUGAUUAGUGAACAGAUAAAGAAUCUGGUUGAGGCCGAGCUGAAGAGAGUCCAGCAGUCUGCAGUGGAUGUGACACUUGAUCCUGAUACAGCUCAUCCCAAACUCAUCCUGUCUGAUGACGGAAAACAAGUUAAACAUGGUGAUGUAAGGAAGAAUCUCCCAGACAAUCCAGAGAGAUUUAAUACUUAUGUUAAUGUCUUAGCGAAGCAGAGUUUCUCUUCAGGUAGAUUUUACUACGAGGUUCAGGCUAAAGGGAAGACUGAGUGGUUUUUAGGAGUGGUCAGAGAGUCGAUCAACAGGAAGGGAAAAAUCACAGUCACUCCUCAGAAUGGUUACUGGUUAACAUGUUUGAGGAAUGAGAAUGAGUACACAGCUUGUGCUGACCCAUCAGUCCGUCUCUCUCUGAAGUCUCAGCCUGAGAAGGUGGGGGUGUUGGUGGAUUAUGAGGAGGGUCUGGUCUCCUUUUAUGACGUUGAUGCUGCAGCUCUUAUCUACUCCUUUACUGGCUGCUGCUUCACUGAGAAACUCUACCCAUACUUUAGUCCAUGUCUUAAUGAUGGUGGUAAAAACUCUGCCCCUCUGAUCAUCUCUCCUGUCAAUCACACUGAGUAGAACAACCAGUUGAUUUUCAGCAGAAAGGUUCACUGCACUCAAUGUAAUGAAUGUACAUAUUUUUAGUGAUGUACGGUGUUUACAUCGGUAAUUUUUCAGCUUUUGAUCAAUGAGGGUUUUUCUCUUUCAUGUGUCACAUUAAUGACUACUUCAAGUCAUGGAAUUAUGACACUGAUGAAUAUAAUCUACUGUUGUGCAUUUUAUUCUAAUAACUGCAAUACCUGACUGUAAAGUCAUCAAAAACAAUUAACGCAAGAAUAUGAAGCAUCUGUUCGUUCCAUAAAUGUCUGCGUGCCAAAGUCAAAACCUUUUGUUGUUUGAAUAUAAGAAGUGUUGCAUACUAACACAAAUUACAGAAGAGCAGUUUAUGAAUAAGACAACUGCUUUUCUCUCUUUUUCCUGUUUAUCUAACAGGAGCAAAAUAAAGAUUAUAUU